CGCGCUCUGUACCAGUUCCGUCUGAUCGCGGAGCGCGCGCGACCGUUGGUUUGCAGGCUGCGGUCACCGCCCGAUCCUCAGCGAUUGCCACGAUGCCCCUGCAGUUUGAGCUGUGCCCGGGCCGGCCCGUCGGCGGAGACCACCCGUGUUUUAUUAUCGCCGAGAUCGGCCAAAAUCACCAGGGGGAUCUCGAGAUUGCCAAGCAGAUGAUCCGCCUGGCCAAGGAUUGCGGGGCAGACUGUGCCAAGUUCCAGAAAAGCGAAUUGGAGCAUAAAUUCAACUGGAGAGCUUUGGAGAGGCCAUAUACCUCCAAACACUCUUGGGGAAGAACCUACGGGGAGCACAAGCGCCACCUGGAGUUCAGCCAUGAUCAGUACCGAGAGCUGCAACGAUACGCCAAGGAGAUCGGCAUUUUCUUCACAGCAUCUGGCAUGGAUGAAAUGGCCGUAGAAUUUCUACACAAACUGGAUGUUCCAUUUUUUAAAGUCGGGUCAGGGGACACAAACAAUUUCCCAUACUUGGAGAAGACAGCAAAAAACGGUCGCCCAAUGGUGAUCUCCAGUGGGAUGCAGUCGAUGAGCACAAUGCAGCAAGUUUAUAAGCUGGUGAAGCCCAUCAACCCAAAUUUCUGUUUUCUUCAGUGUACCAGUGCCUACCCUCUUCAGCCUGAAGAUGUCAAUCUUCGUGUCAUAACGGAAUAUCGCUCAGCCUUCCCGGAUAUUCCUAUUGGCUAUUCAGGUCAUGAGACUGGGAUAGCCAUUUCUAUUGCCGCGGUGGCCAUGGGGGCCAAAAUAUUGGAGCGCCACAUCACUUUGGACAAGACCUGGAAAGGCAGCGAUCAUCAAGCAUCUCUGGAGCCCAAAGAGUUGGCAGAGUUGGUGAGAAGCGUUCGGAUGGUAGAGAAAGCCAUGGGAUCCCCAAUCAAGCAGCUUUUGCCUUGUGAAGAAGCUUGCAAUGAAAAGUUGGGAAAAUCCGUAGUUGCCAAAGUCAGGAUCCCAGAAGGCACCAUGCUCACAUUGGACAUGCUCACAGUAAAGGUGGGGGAACCCAAAGGAUAUCCACCAGAAGAUAUGUUUGAGUUGGUUGGCAAGAAGGUCAAGGUCAAUAUUGAUGAAGAUGAAACCAUUGUUGUAGAUGCUAUUGAAAAUCAUGUGAAAAAAAUGAAAUGCUGAAUGGCAUUGUAUAAUAUCAAGGAGUGUCCUGGGAAACAUGGUUGGCAGAAAUAUUGAAGUCCUAAUGCUUGUAAAUUACAUUGGAAUGCAAAGUGAACCUUGGUGGGAUUUUUCUUUCAGAUGGAAAAAAUGCUAGUGCAGCAUCUCUGAAGAAGAGACUUUCACUGAAAUAGGGUAAUAUGUAUUUUUGGAGGGUCUUCAGAAUGUAUUGCUGAGAACCUUACACUCCAGAAUGACACAAUGUCCUUCCAGUUGGGAUAUUGCCCAAAAAGUAGUGCAGAGCUUUGGAAAUGAUGGUUUAAUGGGAUUGAACAGUUCUUGUCCUUGUGUUAGACUCUUCUAGUGUUGAGAAUUCAGGGCAAGAGUAAGAACUGCAGGACCAGUGGGAAUACCAUAGAGAAUAUCUUUCUUUUGAGUAGGUUCUAUGCUCUUGCAAUUUGAUUGUCUUCCCUGCCCCGAUGGAAGGAGAUGGGCGGGGACAAAUUGGAUAAAUAAAUAAAUAAAUAACAUAUAUGCAGGCUCUACUUUAAAUUCUUAAACCUCCCUUUGCAUGGUUCUAGGCUAUCAAGUAUGUAAACAUCAAGUACAGACAAAUCUGGUAUCAGGCACUUAAGGGAAACUUGGUUCUAAACAGAGUUUUCAAUCAUUACAUAGAAUUUUGGGUACCUCUGUGGGAUGAUGAAGGAAGUAAUGUACUGUAUAGAAGGAGGCCUACAGGAAGGUUUGUGAAAACUACAUAUUUAAUUAUAUUUUUAACCUUUCUUGUUUGCACCAUAGUUAGAAAGCUUCUUUGAAAGAGAAAAUUGACUAUCAUAAGCAAUUCCUAUUUGGAAGCAACUUUUCCUGCACAUAGGCGGCUUAUUACUAAGUCAACAGGUUUAAGAUGACCCUACUGUAGUUCUGUAUAUUGUGCUAUUUUUGGUUAUAUCAUGUGCCUUGUAGUGAAUCAGGAUCACUCAAGGUGAUUUUUAAUAAAUCUAGCAUUUUUAUUCUAUCAUGGUACAUUGAUAUUCACACCUCAAUCUGGACAACUUUGGAUGAAGAAUGUGUUCACUUAUGCUUGAAAUGAGUCCAAGAGGUUGCCUCCCUGUGAGAUUGAUUUGGUUAAAAGCACAAGCAGGGAUUUCAGCCAUGUGGCAGCCCACCUACCUCACUCCUGGGCCAUUCUGGUACGUGCCAGUGAGAUACUAUGGCUGUACUAUGGCUUUUAUAUAAAGUUACACAUAGCCUAACAUAGACUGCAGCUUGUGAAGCUAGAGGUGCAGUCUAUGUGCUAUGGAGUCUACACAGGUGCAUGCCUCUCCCCAGGAGUGUCCCUGUACGUGGAUGCCAUGGAAGCCCAGGAGCAAGGAGAAGAAGCUGGUGCAGGCUUGGUUCCUCAACCAAAUGUUUGAUGCAAUAUCUGCAUAGAAUUCUUGUGAAUCACGAUGGUGUCAUUCUGUUAAUAUUGCUCUAAGAAAAUGAUCGAACAGUAAUAGCCAACUUUUUUUUUUAAGAUUUGGAAAACAAUAAUAAAGUUUGUUGAAUAAACUUA